AUGCGCUGUUUCACCUCCGGCGAAUACACGGACCUUACUAUCAAAUGCGGAGCCGACAUCCACAAAGUUCACAAGAUCAUCGUGUGCAAGCAAGUAAGCUUCUUCACUACAGCUCUCAGGUUUAGUGGCAAGGAAGCGCAGACAGAUGUCAUUGAUCUCCCCGAGGACGAACCGAACGUAAUCGCCUCUCUUAUCCAAUACCUUUACACAGGCAAAUACCAAGACGACUUCUCUACAACCCCAAGGAAUGCGCAUGCGAGCCCGAUCACGCCCUCCAACAUCCCAAUUCAGCGGACUGAGACCUGGGAUGUCAUGGGAGACCCGUAUACCUAUGAUUUCCCGCACACUUGCACAGAGGAAUGUGGAAAGAGGACAUUAUGUCCCCAUCAUUACUGCGACCAUGAUACUUGCAGUUUGGCUUGCAAGGCCUUCAUCUGCGACGAAUGCUGCUUAGUCGGGCGUCUUGGAGGACCACCCCAGCUUCUCAAGCACUCGAAGAUGUAUGCAACCGCUAACAAGUACGAUGUCACUGGCCUCAAAGAGCUAGCAGUCAAGUACUUUCAGGUCGCUUGCGACGGAUGUUGGGACGUGGAGUCUUUCGCCGUCACCAUCGACCAUGUCUUUUGUUCGACCCUUCCCGAGGACACCGGCUUGAGGUCGAUAAUUAUCGAUACUAUGUCUAACAAUAUGCCAUCGAAGAUGAAGAGGGUCAUGACCAGCGACACCACCGGCAAGGCCAGCAAGAAUGAGGAAGAAGCUGAUGAAGGCGAGGGUGCUGGAGACGAAGAGAUUGAUGCUCUCUGA